AUGGCAGACGCUGCACAGUCCAAGCUGCAGUCGGGUUCUGAUAGAGCUGUGUGUAUUGGCGGCAACAAUGCUCAUGCCGCUAAUGUGGUCGCGGCAAUAUUUUUGGCAACAGGACAGGAUGCUGCCCAGGUUGUAUCGUCAUCGAUGUGCUCAACACGAAUGAAUGUGACAGACGAUGGGGACUUGUACGUCAGUUGCACCAUGCCAUGUGUUGAAGUUGGCACUGUGGGAGGUGGAACAAUUUUGCGGCCUCAAAACGAGUGCCUUCAGAUGUUGUCAUGCGCUGGCCCGUCACCUGCAGAGCCCGGAGCGCAUGCUCGGCGUCUGGCAGAAGUAAUAUGCUCUACGGUACUUGCCGGCGAACUGUCCUUAAUGGCUGCCUUGGUCACGGAUCAGUUGGUAUCAAGCCAUAUGAAGCUUAACAGGUCCCGUUUACAACUAUACCCUUCGAUGCCUGCAAUGACGACUUCUUCAGUGGAAAAACCAUCCCCAUUUCUACGAAAACCUGUAGAAAGGGAGCCACGCGUUAAAAGAACCAUUAAAGUUGAAUGCUCUAACAUUUUAUAG